AUGGGCAGGAGAAACCACUCCACUGUGACCGAGUUUCUUCUUUUAGGACUCACUGAGCAACCAGACCUUCAGCUGCCCCUCUUCUACCUCUUCUUAGGGAUUUACACAGUCACUGUGGUGGGAAAUCUCAGCAUGAUCUUAUUAAUAGGGCUUUCGUCUCAGCUUCACACCCCCAUGUACUAUCUCCUCAGCAGUUUGUCUUUUUUAGAUUUCUGCUAUUCUUCAGUCAUAACCCCCAAAAUGCUGGUAGGGUUUUUAUUCCGAGAUAAAGUUAUCUCCUAUUCUGGAUGCAUGACUCAGCUGUUCUUUUUCUGCAUCUUUGUUAUUUCUGAGUGCUACAUGUUGGCAGCAAUGGCCUAUGACCGCUAUGUUGCCAUCUGUAGCCCCUUGCUCUACAAUGUCACCAUGUCCCCCCAGGUCUGUUCUCUGCUGGUGGCUGGUGUCUUCACUAUAGGCAUUACUGAUGCCAUGAUUCAUGGAGGUUGUAUCCUAAGGCUGGAUUUCUGUGGAUCCAAUGUCAUCAAACACUAUUUCUGUGACAUUGUUCCUCUUAUUCAACUCUCCUGUUCCAGCACUUCCCUUGAUGAACUUUUGAUCUUCAUCAUUGGCGGCUUUAACAUGGUCACCACAAGCCUCACCAUCAUUGUCUCCUAUGGCUUCAUCAUCUCCAGCAUCCUCCGCAUCAGCUCCAAGGAGGGCAGGGCCAAAGCCUUCAGCACCUGCAGCUCCCACCUGACAGCAGUUCUGAUAUUCUAUGGGUCUCUCAUGUCCAUGUAUCUCAGACCUGCUGCCAGCAGUUCUGGAGCCCAGGACAAAGCAACCUCAGUAUUUUAUACCACUGUGAUUCCCAUGCUGAAUCCUCUGAUUUAUAGUCUGAGGAACAAGGAAGUGAAAAAUGCAGUGCUAAAACUCUUAAUUAGUGUCCAAAAGAGAAAUGUACAUCUUGUCAGUUUCAUUAUAGGUAACUAUGAAUGA